CAUUCACAAAAACAAACUCACUCUUUGCUUCAGCUUCAAGUUAUGGCCAACACCACCACCUAUGCUUCUUCUUCGUCAUCAUCAUCACAAAGAUCAUUGGCCAUGGUGUUGGCUUUGGUCUCAGCAGUGGUGUUGUCUCCCUUGUAUGGGAAUUCAAGGAGUGACAGAAAGUACUAUGAGUCAAAAUGGAGCUCUGCUGGUUUUGUUCUGCCUAUGUUUCUUGCUGGUCUCAUAAUUGCCAUCAGAACAACCUCUUCUUCUGUGUCAUCGUCAUCAUCAUCAACUGCAAGAGCUUCCUUUCUACCAUCUCCUGAGCCUUCAUGGGUGUUCAGAGUUGGAAGCUCUUCCUGGGGUUUGGGAGGGAUUUUGGUCAUGCUUAUGCUUCUUCUUCACUGCCAGACCUCAGUUCAAGAAUUCUUUUGGAGAUAGAAGCAUCUAGUUUAUUUGUUUCUGUAUUUUUGAUACCUUAAAAGUUUAAACUGAUAGUAUAAAUGUUUUAUCUUUAGUUUA